GCCCUCCUCAGGAACCCGGCCUCUCCUCUAAGAGCAGUGUGACCAGACAGAGAGAGGAGACAGCAUGGCUCUAAGCCCCCUCCCUUGGCCCCCACUGGCAUGGCUGUGUGUAGGGCUGCUGUUUCCCCUGCUGCCCCUUGUGCGGGGCGGGGAGUGCCCGCGGCUGUGCGUGUGUGAGGUGCGCCCCUGGUUCACCCCCCAGUCCACCUACAGGGAGGCGGCCACGGUGGACUGCAACGACCUGCGGCUGACAUGCAUCCCCUCCAACCUGUCUUCUGACACCCAGGUGCUGCUGCUCCAGAGCAACUCCAUCGCCCACACCAGCGGGGAGCUAGAGGCCCUGUUCAACCUGACGGAGCUGGACCUAUCCCAGAAUAACUUCAGCAGUGUGGAAGCCGUGGGCCUGGCCAACAUGAACCAGCUCACCACCCUGCACCUGGAGGAGAACCAGAUCAGCCAACUGCCCGACCACUGCCUGCAGGACCUGAGCAACCUGCAAGAGCUCUACAUCAACCACAACCAGAUCAGCACCAUUGCCCCAGGGGCCUUCUCUGGCCUGCGUAGCCUGCUGCGCCUCCACCUCAACUCCAACAGGCUCCGGGUCAUCGACAGCCGCUGGUUCGAGGCCACGCCCAACCUGGAGAUCCUGAUGAUCGGCGAUAACCCCGUCAUUGGCAUCCUGGACAUGAACUUCAAGCCCCUGGGGAGUCUGAGGAGCCUGGUUCUGGCCGGCAUGGAUCUCACCGACGUUCCCGGGAGUGCUCUGGUGGGUCUGGAUAACCUGGAAAGCCUGUCCUUCUACGACAACAAGCUGGUCCGAGUUCCCCAGCUGGCCCUGCAGAAAGUGCAGAACCUGAAGUUCCUGGACCUGAACAAGAACCCGGUGCACAAGAUCCAGGAGGGGGACUUCAGGAACAUGCUGCAUCUGAAGGAGCUUGGCAUCAACAACAUGGCUGAGCUGGUGUCCAUCGACCGUUACGCACUGGACAACCUGCCUGAGCUGACCAAGCUGGAGGGCACCAACAACCCCAAGCUGUCCUUUGUCCACCGGAUGGCUUUCAGGGACCUGUCCUCCUUGGAGAGCCUGAUGCUCAACAACAACGCCCUCAAUGCCAUCUACCAGCGCACCGUGGAGGCGCUGCCCAACCUGCGCGAGAUCAGCCUGCACAGCAACCCGCUGCGCUGUGACUGUGUCAUCCAGUGGAUGAGCUCAAACAGGACCAGCGUGCGAUUCAUGGAGCCCCGGGCUAUGCUGUGUAGCUCACCGCCCGAGCUCCGGGGCCAGCGGGUCAGGGAGGUGAGGCUACAGGACUCCCCAGAGCAGUGCCUGCCCCUCAUCUCCCACAACACCUUCCCCAGCCACCUGAGCCUAGAGCUGGGCAUGAGUGUCAGCUUGGACUGCCGGGCCAUGGCCGAGCCCGAGCCAGAAAUCUACUGGGUGUCUCCUAUGGGGAGCAAGAUCACGGUGGACACGGUGUCGGAGCGGUACCAUCUGAGCAGUGAGGGCACCCUGCGGCUGUCCCACGUCCAGGUGGAGGACUCAGGCCGCUACACCUGCGUGGCUCAGAACACAGAGGGGGCCGACACACGCGUCACCACCAUCCGGGUCAACGGCACCCUGCUGGACAGCGUCGAGGUGAUGAAGAUCUACGUCAAGCAGACCGAGUCCCACUCCAUUCUGGUCUCCUGGAAGAUCAACUCCAACGUCAUGACCUCCAACCUUAAGUGGGCCUCGGCCACCAUGAAGAUUGACAAUCCCCACAUCACCUACACUGCACGCGUGCCCGUCGAUGUGCACGAGUACAACCUGACUCACCUGCAGCCGGGCACUGAGUAUGAGGUGUGCCUCACCGUCUCCAACAUCCACCUGCAGACCCAUAAAUCGUGCGUCAACGUGACCACGCGCAGCAACACCUUCGCCCUGGACGUGUCGGGCCAGAGGCCUAGCGCCGCCCUGCUAGUCGUCAUGGCCACCAUGCUUGCCUUCCUCAGCCUGGCCACCGUGGGGGUGUACGUGGCCCGGCGCUGGAAGAGGAAGAACUAUCACCACUCCCUGAAGAAGUACAUGCAGAAGACCUCCUCCAUCCCCCUCAAUGAGCUCUACCCGCCCCUCAUCAACCUGUGGGAGGUGGACAAGGAGGGCGGGGCAGAGAGCAAGCCCUCCCCCGUGGACACCACACGCAGCUACUACAUGUGGUGA